CAUUCUGAAAUUGCAGGAUCUAUAUUAGUAUUCAUUUCCUUCAAUGGCGGUUCCAGUAGUUAAUUCUGGUGCAUUGAUCACCUUACCAGAACUUAAUUCCUCUUCUCCUCACUUUAGACAUGGAGCCUCCCUUAGAGUUGUUGGAAAACUUGAAGAGUAUUCUGUUGAGACAGCAAUUGCUGUAAUUGUUGAUGGAGACGCCAAUCUAAAGGUUAACACACAACACUUAAACAUGUCUCUUCGAGUUGGUUCACUCUACCAGUUCAUCGGAGAACUACUCAUUCAUCCUAACAACGAGGCUAUACUCGAGGCACGAAUAGGUAGGAAUAUAGAUGGAAUGGACCUUAAACUCUACAAACAAUCUCUGCAGCUCUUAAAAGGAUUUAUUGAUUGAGUUUCUUUCGCUCUUAUUUCUUCUGCGUUUUGAUGACACAAAUGAUGUGGGUGGCAAGGAUUUCAAUAGUUUAUCAUAAUUUAAAGGUUUGUUAUGUAAUCAAGAUUAUAAUAUUGAAGUAGUGGGGAAAUUUCUAAUGAUCAUCGAUAUAAAGAA